GAACAUGUCUAGCCAGUCCAAACACCCACCACCAACAACAAUGAUCGUCCAAGAUGGUCUCUGUUUUACCUUUAUUUGAUUGCUAUACCUGUAAAGAAACCUCCAAAUAUUGCAACUUUUUAUGAUAAUUAAUAAGAUUGGUAUAUUCGAUCCAUAACUCAAGUUAAGUAUACGACAAAGACCCUUCUCUCUGUCUUCUUGUUCAUCAGUUUCUGGGGGUAUCAAGUUCCAAAAGUUUUCAGCUUGAGGAUUUUCAUUUCUCCUGCUGUUCUUGUGGUUUUUUGAGAACAGAAGUAGAGUAAAUGGAUGCAAUUUUGAAUCUUCAAACAGUGCCGUUAGGAACUGCUAUUACAAUAGGUGGUCCAGCAGUUGCUCUUGGUGGGAUUUCACUAUGGUUUCUUAAAGAGUAUGUUAAUGAUCAAAAGAGGAAAUCUUCUAAUUUUCUUCCACCUUUGCCAGAGGUUCCAGGGUUACCAGUGAUUGGGAAUUUACUGCAGCUUACUGAGAAAAAACCCCACAAGACAUUUACAAAUUGGGCUGAAACCUAUGGACCUAUCUAUUCCAUCAAAACCGGCGCCAAUACAAUUGUUGUCCUCAAUACUAAUGAACUUGCCAAGGAGGUAAUCGAAAUAGCCACUCUCAAACCUCUUUACUGUAUUAAUCCAAAAAUAAAGUGGUAUCAAAACCUUGGUUAUUUAUCCGGGUUGUUACGGAAUGAAGGUGAAUAUGAGCAAGAUGUUCAUAAACCCGAGAGUAUAUUCGAUGAAGAUUGGGAUUUCGAGCACCAACAAGUAUGUGGAUAUAUACGACAAUUGGUUGAAGAUAAUGUUCGCAACCAUAUUGUGAACGAGAUACAUGCGAGAUCAUUAUGGGAAAAGCUAGAGACUUUUUAUGUUUCAAAAACCGGGAACAACAAAUUGUUUCUGCUAAAACAAUUGAUGACCUUUAAAUACAAGGAAGACAGCCCUAUCCUUGAUCACAUAAAUGAUUUUCAGGGCGCCCUUGAUCAGCUAUCUGGAAUGGGAGUUAAUUUUGAUGAUGAGAUACAAGGACUUUGGCUUCUUAAUACUCUGUCAGACUCUUGGGAAGCUCUUCGUGUUUCUUUGACAAAUUCAGCUCCUGGAGGUAAGGUGACCAUGGAAUAUGCCAAGAGUGGUGUGUUGAACGAGGAAGUAAGGAGAAAAUCUCAGGGUUCGUCCUCACAAGCAGAUAUCUUGGUUACUGAAGACCGGGGGAGACAUAGAACAAGAGGCUCAAGGAAUAGAGUUUCAAUUGCUAAGGCAUGUAUUGCACAUGAAGGAACCCAAGACAAUGAUAGAGAUAGUGAUCAAGAUCAAAAUGAUCAUCAUGGUGUAGAUGUUAUGGAUGCUCCAUUUGAUGAAGUUGUGGUUGAUCAACAACCAAUUCCUGCACAGGACCGAAAAAUCAGUAGCAUCCACAAUGUAGCNAUAGAAAAUGUGUCUAAGCAACUGCAUGAUUUGGUUAGGAAGUAUCCUCAUGAAGCAGUAAAUCUCAGGAAGAUAUUCCAGUCAGAACUUUUUGGUUUGGCAAUGAAACAAGCUUUGGGAAAGGAUAUCGAGUCUAUUUAUGUGGAGGAACUCGAUGCCACAUUGCCAAGAGAGGACGUACUGAAGACCUUAGUACUUGAUAUAAUGGAGGGUGCGAUUGAUGUGGACUGGAGAGAUUUCUUCCCCUAUCUAAAAUGGGUUCCUAAUAAAAGCUUUGAGAACAGAAUUCAGCGAAAACAUCUGCGCAGGGAAGCCGUGAUGAAGGCCCUAAUUAUGGAGCAACGAAAACGUAUUAAUUCAGGAGAGGAACUGAACAGUUAUAUUGACUACUUGUUGUCUGAAGCCAAUACAUUAACAGAGAAGCAAAUCCUAAUGUUGCUUUGGGAGGCAAUUAUUGAAUCAUCAGACACCACAGUAGUGAGCACAGAAUGGGCUAUGUAUGAAUUGGCCAAAGAUCCAAAACGGCAGGAACAACUCUUUUUGGAAAUACAAAAUGUUUGUGGAUCUAACAAGAUCACAGAAGACAAACUUUGCCAACUUCCGUACCUAUGUGCUGUUUUUCACGAAACCUUGAGAAAACAUAGUCCUGUACCUAUAGUUCCUUUAAGAUACGUCCACGAAGACACACAGCUAGGAGGGUACCAUGUUCCUAAAGGAGCUGAGAUCGCUAUAAAUAUAUACGGUUGCAAUAGGGACAAUAGAGUGUGGGAGAGUCCGGAAGAGUGGAAGCCUGAGAGAUUUCUUGAUGGAAAGUAUGAUCCAAUGGAAUUACAGAAGACGAUGGCAUUUGGAGGUGGAAAAAGGGUAUGUGCUGGUGCUCUUCAAGCAAUGACAAUUACUUGCACAACUAUUGCUAGAUUGAUACAAGAGUUUGAAUGGAGUCUAAAAGAUGGGGAACAAGAAAAUGUUGCAACAAUGGGUCUUACUACUCAUAAACUUCAUCCAAUGCAAGCUAAUAUCAAGCCAAGAAAAUGAUGCCUUGAGAUUUACAUCUGUCAUCUCUGUAAUAGGGAAGCUAGUUUGUGUUUGAUAGCUUUUGUUAUCAAUGCAGACCUCUUACUUUAACUUCUCUAGUUCCAGCUUAAUCCAAUUAAACUCACAACGAUAAUAAUACUAGAGUUGCCGACUUGA